AUGGCACACAUUGUAAGAUUGUCUGCAAGAUUGGCAGGACUGAACUUACGUAAGACACCUUUCUCACUAAGACCAAGACCAACUUUGUUGGUAAGAAAGUUUCAGCCCAAAUCCAUUUCUUACCACAUAAAUCAGCAUUUCCACUGUUGUACAGUCAAUAAAUUUUGUAGCCAAAGUGCUGGUGAGUGUGGAGAGGGAAUUGAUCAGCCAAUAGGAAAAAUUGAACCUAAAUUUCAGUUGGUGUAUACAUGUAAAGUAUGUAACACAAGACAAUCAAAGACUAUCUCACAGCUAGCUUAUAAAAAAGGUGUGGUAAUAGUCACAUGUGAUGGCUGUGCAAAGCAUCAUCUUGUGGCAGAUAAUCUUGGUUGGUUUUCAGACCUAGAUGGUAAAAAGAAUAUUGAAGACAUCUUAGCAGCCAGGGGUGAAGUAGUCAAAAGAGGUAUUAAUAUCUCAAAUCUUGAUCUUGAUAAUGUAGGUAAUGUUAAUAAUCCUACUGAGCAGAAGGACUGGGAAAAAGAAGAAGCCACUGCACAAGCAGCUUGGAGUACAGUCCAAGACACACUUAAAAUGAUGGCUGAUGAUGAAUUAGAACCAAAAGAGUCUCAAGUUUCAAGUGUAAAAACAAAAAAGAAUUGAAGUGUUAUUAUAU